AAUUGGAAAUUGUCAGCGCAAUAGUUCGGAUGUUUAACGGAAUAUAUAGAAUAAGUUCCAGUUAUGUGGCGAAAGGAAUCUCAAAUAUAUUUCGGAUGUCUUCUAGUUGUCGGAUGCUUUGCUCUUCCUAGUCCAAUAGCAACCCCCACCGAUAUUCAGACUUCCGACGAAAAUACAGCAAUUAACGAAACUACGCCUUGUUUAGUCGAAAAAGAUCCAAAUUUGUGCACCAAGGAAGACGAUGUGGAUUUGGAUAUCUCAGAGAGUCUGCAAGAACUAAGGGAAGCCUUUGAGGAAUUUAAUAUAACAUUGCCCAGUGAGCUUUCGGAUGGCGUAAGAACGAGAACAUUUUGCUGUACCGGCUAUGAGAGGCAAAGCAAUCUUGAACUAUGUCAACCUAUCUGCUCUCCCAAAUGCGGGAGAAACCGGUAUUGCUCUAAACCAAAUGUAUGUGAGUGCGCAACAGGAUACGAAGAAUUUAAUGGCACUUGUCGCAGACUCUGUGCUUCGAACUGCAGUGCAACUAGCAACUGUGCAGAUGGAAAAUAUUGUGACUGCAAGGAGGGAUUCCAGAUGUUAGAUGGAGAUUGUUUGACCAGUGAGCAAAUAGAGUUGACAGUUGAAGAUCCGAAUCUAUGUACGAAAACGAUCGAAGUUGAGACAAAUUGUAGUUUGCCAACCCCUUGGCUUCCAAUGAAACAAGAGUUCGAUGAACUAAAUAUUCCAUUUCCCAAUGACUUAUAUGUAAUCAAGACAACAGAAAUACAGAAAUUUUGUUGCGAGGGCUACGAGAAGCGAGAAGGGAAGCACUUGUGCCAACCUGUGUGUCCCGCAAACUGUGGUGAGCAUAGUUUCUGUGGUGAAUCAGGAUUGUGUGAAUGUGAGCUCAACUAUCAAGUGACAUCGACUGGAAAUUGCAUCAAGAAUCCUGUCGACUUCAUAUCAAACGAUCCGCAUUUGUGCAAAACGAAUAAGACUGUGAGCUAUGUGGAUCAGAGUAACUUAAACACUUUAUUGACAACUCAAAUGACAGCAAAGAAUCUGAUCCGAAGCAAAUUAGAAACUCUUUUGAGUUGCUGCCAUGGUUACGAGCAAAUCACAAAUGGCGGUCUUUGCCUGCCAGUAUACCACGAAAACGAAUGCAUGGCUGGCUAUCGAAAGGGCAAAUAUGGAAACUGUGAGCCAAUUUGCACAGCCACUUGCCCACCAGAUAGCAGCUGUAUCAGGCCAGAGGAGUGUCAGUGUAAUGUUGGCUACUUUAACAGUACCAGCUUGGACAACGAAUUCACAUGUGAGCCCAUCUGCUUGGGGGAUAUUCCCGAGAAUAGUGUCUGUGUGCGGCCCGAGCAAUGGGAGUGUGACACUGGCUAUAUCAAGCUCCGCACGGCCGAUGGGAAAGCUUUCCGUUGUUCUCCGCAUUGUGAGGAAACCUGCCCCGAAUUUUCCAAGUGCGUUUCCCCCGAUAUUUGCAAAUGUCUUCCGGGAUACUCGGAAACUAAUGUAGAAGAUAUUAAUAAUACCAAUAACUACCGAAAAGUUUGUGCUCUUGAGAAUGAACUAACAAAUAAGGAUGAAGUAGACACAGCUUCGGCAAGCCUUGGCUCUGGGGAAAUCUCAUAUCGAGGUGGAAAAUGAUUUUAAAAAAGUGUUGCAGGCAAAACCAAUAAUAAUUCCAUUGAUUUCUUUUUUCUUUAUCUGUGGAUGUUGUCCCUCCACAAAAUGAAAAUGUUUUUACAUAAAUGUUUUCUCUUUUUUUCCAUUUGCAUUUUAUAAACUGAUUAAAAAUAAAAUUUUAUUGCGCUUGUUUCUAAAGCCUUCGCAAAAUUUUUGUUGCACUUUCUUCACUGUAAAAAAUAGAAACUGACCGAUGGAAAUGCUUCUAUGAUGCAAGUGUCAACACAAAAGCCGCAUCAUUCAAACAUCUUUUUGGGUGUGAAAAAGUAAACAAACUCAGAAGAGAUGAAGAAGCGUAUCAAAAGCGAUUGAAACGAAUCAACAGAGAACUGGAAAGUUCAACCUAACCACUUUAUUUAACAUUUCUCAAAUGUAGAACCUUCCAGUUAUAUUAUUCUGCUCUGCAAAAAGUAUUUAGGUAACACUAUUGGAUUUUUCAGUAACGCAAGCUAGUAUAAAAGCUAGCUUAGCUAAGAGCAAACUGAAGUUUAGCAAUAUGCAAUAUGUAAUCCAAACGUAGAGAAUUGAUGGUAAAAAAGUAAUUAAGCUACAGUCGAGUGUUCUCGACUUUGGGAUACCCGCUACCCAUUUUUGUAUAUACAAAAUGAUAUAUGAAAUAUUAAAAAAGACUAAAAUAUUCUGUUGGCUAUAUGUAGUACAUCAGUAUACUAUUACACACAAAAUAUAUCAUAGCCACGAAGGCCCGACUGCCGUAGUCAAUUAUGUUUUAAAUAAUGCAUUCUAUUCUUAUCUAAUCGCUUCCAAAUGAUGAUAUUUUCUCCUGAAUCUAUAGAAAUGAUCUGUGUUCGCCAAUAUUCGUGAUAUAACACCAGUAGAAGACUUUUAAAAUAUACCAUAAUUUCAAUAAACUUGAAUAUUGUUGUAAUUAAAAAAUUUGUGUUCGAUAUAUUUGUUUAAAAGCAACGUAUACGUAAUGCGAAACAUACAUAUGUAUGUUCUAUUCCAGAGAUGAACCCUGUUAAUGUAAGCUACUCUGUUAUGUUAAGUCAGUCACUAUUAAAACGUUGCACAAACCAUACGAAGUGGUAACAAUAAACUCGAAUAAUUUGAAUUUAAUAAUUAAAACACAACAGCAAACCAAGCAUUCAGUGAGUGGCCAAAGUUGAACGAUUAUCGUAAAUGCAGGCUCAAUCAUUACUUUGCAAAAAAAACUGGAAUAGCUUCUUGUCCUCACACAUACUCGCAUGUCUGAACACAA